CUCUGUCGGUGCUUGGCCUCAGAGAGGGAGGCUGGUUGCUAGUGCCCAACCUUGCCAGAAGAGGGCAGGGUGCCUUUAAGAUCUGCCUCACUCCCUGAGUUUGUUGCUAUGUAUGGGACCAACUUCCUUAGCAACCACCUGGCUUCUUAAAGGGGCCCUGGGGCAGUGGUUGCCACCAGCCAUGGCUUCCAAAAAGAAGGCAACUAAGGGGACCAAAGAGCCCGAGGUCAAGAAGAAGAAAGGUGGCAAGAAGGAUGCCAGCAUGGCCAGCAAGCCUGCGGAAACGCCUUUAGGCGAGGAGAUGCGAGAAUUCUACCACAUCCAGAUCCGAGACCUGGAGGACAGGCUGGCCCGGUACCAGCGGAAGUGGGAUGAACAAGCCGUGCAGGAGAAGCUGUUCCGCCAGGAGUUUGAGCAGCUGGCCAACAACAAGAAGGAGAUCGUGGCCUUCCUCAAGCGCACACUCAACCAGAAGGUAGAUGAGAUCACUGAACUCAACGAGCAGCUGCAAAGCCUGCAGCUGGCCAAGGAGGUAGAAAAGGACGCCUUUGAGGCACAGCUAGCCCAGGUGCGCCAUGAGUUCCAGGAGACCAAGGACCAGCUCACCACGGAGAACAUCAUCCUUGGGGGGAAGCUGGCGGCUUUGGAAGAGUUCCGGCUGCAGAAAGAGGAGCUCACAGAGAAGUUCACGACACUGGAAGACCAGCUACGGAAGCAGGAGAGUGACUACAAGGACUACGUGUACAACCUCGAGAAGAAGUCUGUGCUGGACAAGGACAGACUGAGGAAGGAGAUCAUCCAGCGCGUGAACCUGGUGGCCACUGAGUACCGAAAGGUGGCCACUAGCCAGAUGUGGGACACAACAAAGCGGGCCAUCGUGGAGAACAACACGGUCACCCUGCAGCUGUCCAAGAUAUCCCGGCAAGGCGCACAGCUGCUCCAGGAGAACGAACAGCUAAAGGGCACCCAAGACGAGCUGUGCAAACAGCUGGAUCUAUUGGAGAACGCCCAGAAGGUCAUGGCCAGGCAUAGCAGAGGCCACCGUAAGAUCAUCCUCAUGCUGACCGAGAAGUGCCGCGAGCAGCAGCGGGGCACAGUGGAGGCCGAGCAGCUGCGCCUCCAGCUGAGCCAACUGGAGCAGGGCCUCGGGCAGCUGCAGCAGGACACACAGACGCUGAGGAGUCAGAGAGACCAGCUGAACCUGCAGCUGGAGAGGCAGCAGGCUGAGGCACAACAGCUACAGCGGGAGCUGACUGAAGAGCAGAAGCUUCGGGCAAAUCUGGAGACAGCCCUGGCCCAGGCCACCUUCAUCCUACAGGACGUUCUACAGAUGCAACCUGAUGAGGAGGACAGCGACUCUGAUGUCGUGUUCCAGCUGCAGCUCAAGGAGAUGCUGCACCAAGUGCUGGCCGUGCUCAGCUCAGCCGUGGUCCUCAGCCCCCGGCUGGCUGUGCAUCUCAAUCAGGAGAGCCAGGCCCACAGCCCACCCAAGGGCAGCCAGCCUGGCACCCAGCCACCCCAGAUGGGGUCUCUGCGUCAGCCGCCAUCCAGCAUCACACCCUACCAGCCAGGGGACCUGGGCCUGGUGCCUCGACGGGCCCACAUCCCACCUAACCCCGAGGACCUCAGGCUGCUCUCGCACACCACCCGUGUGGGAACCUUCCGGGUACACAGCAGCCCUGAGAUUCACACCUCUGGUUCUCCGAGAAGGUUCAAAAAGUUUAGUCUUCCUGAAGUUUCUCUACUUUCCAAGUAAAACACAGAGAGAAGACCAGUCCCCAUCCCAGAAGUGGACCAUUGUGGCCAUAGUCCCCUCUCUUUAAUCUAUAGGUGGCCUGGGGCAGCCCAGAGAAGAGGUCUAUAAAAAGUGGAUACCACAGGUUGGCACGGCA